AUGGUUCCAAACAGAUUUCUUCUUCUGCUUGUGAUUGGUACAACAAAACUGCUGAUAUGUUAUAGUAUCCCCGUACAACGCCGUAACCAGAUGACUGCAGGGAAGGAUGCAGCCAGAUAUGCCAUUGUUUUACAUGCCGGUUCCACCAAAACCAAGCUUAUCGUGUACAAGAUCGCUGCUAAUGCACCACCGUUAGACGUCAAAGAUAUUCAGUUACUUGGUGGUUCCAAAGUAAAGCCUGGACUCGCUUCCUUUGCUGGUAACCCGAGUGUGGUUGAUGGUUAUCUGAAGCCCUUGCUGGAGUCAGCAAUGAAGAUCGUCCCGGCAGACAAACACGUCUCUACUCCAAUCUUCUUAUUUGCCACAGCAGGAAUACGACUAUUGACGAAACAACAAUCCGACGCCAUAAUGAAAGAAGUCAAAAAAGUAUUUAAUGACAAAACAAAAUGCCCCUUUACUUUUAACCCUGAAACAGAUGCAAAGGUAAUUUCGGGUGCGUUCGAGGGGAUAUACGCUUGGAUUUCUCUCAAUUUUCUUAAGGGCAGAUUUACCCCCUAAAAUUCUGAGUCAACAUUUGGCAUACUCGAGGUAGGCGGGGCUUCCCAUCAAAAUGCUUUUGAGAACCCUUCGAAAGAAACCAUUUCUUUGACCGUAGGAAGAAAAACGUAUCAUCUCUUUGCUAGGAGUUAUCUAGGGUAUGGGUUAGACGAAGCUCGUAAACAAUAUUUCGAGACUCUCGCACAAAAUCCAACGGUAAAUGGACAUCUUCAAAGUCCUUGUCAUCACAACGGUUUUCAAGAUCAAAUUUCCAUCAAUGGUGGAAUGUUUACCAUCAGAGGGACGGCACAAGUGGAAGAGUGUCGUUCGAUCAUUCAACAAAUCUUUUUCUGCAAAACUCCUAAUUGCCCAUUUUAUGACCAGCCUAAAUUACACGGGCAUUUUUUUGGUUUCUCGGGGAUAUUUUAUGCGGCAUAUGGAACGGGCAUGAUACAUUGCUGGCGUUGUACCAAACCCUUAUCACCAGCUAUGUAUGAUGUGAGCUCUCAACACUUCUGCGCCAAAAAAUACCAAGAAGUUAGCAGUGACCCUUACGCCAAAAACAACUGCUUUUCCAGCAAUUUUGUCUUUGAGCUUUUGUCACAGGGCUAUGGGUUGCCUGUCAGUAAACCGAUAGAAGUAGGAAACCAAGUGGAAGGGUUCGAUAUGGGAUGGACUUUGGGUGCAAUGUUGUACAACUUGAAACUGUUAUAGAGAAGAUAAGUUGAGCAUUCAAGUUGCAGUGCAAAUAGUGCUGUUAGUGGUAUAACGUUAGCGCGUAAAGCUGAAUUAAAAAGAAAAAAUGAUUAAAUGUGGCCAUGACAAUGUUUGAUUUUUUUUUUAUCAUACAUGGGCGGUCUGGAAAUCUUUUGGGAAUGCUAGUUUAGGGUGGCCGUGGGGAUUCAGAAUUUUGACAUCUUUCAAACCUUACAAACCUUACUGCCUUACAAGUUAUCAAUAAUCUUGAAACUCAAAGGUCAUAUAAAACGGUAGUUAAUUACGAGAAUUAUAUUUUUUGUAUAUUAAAAAAAGAUUUCCAUAAGGGGUUUCAAAAUUGUUCGCUCAUUUGUUAAAGUGGACCAAAAUAUUUACAAAAACGCUAACAAGAGCACCUCAAUGUUUAGUAAUCAAAUCCCUUCUUGUAAUUAGAUAAAGUUAUCCCCAUAGACUUUGCAGUGAGAGAACACGUUUUAAAUAUGAAUGAAACUACUAUGAGGCAAAAUAGCAUUUCAAAAGCGCUUCGGUUUCUAAAGAUAACGGUCAAAAUCAGGAUUGACCUGUGUUAUGCUGAAUUUCUAACCUGAUUAAAGCCUCACCCAAAAAUUUUCACUAUAUCGCUCUCAUAGAUUUCGCUCUAACUUCACAAACAUUAAGGCACCUUUUAGACAAAAAUCUCCCGUGAACAAAUUUUAGGAAAAAAGAAAGUUAAUUCCCAGCGUCGCUAUGACACUGGCUCCGAUGUUAGUAACCCUAAUCAUAUCGAAUUUUCAUUUACAGCUGUGGUGGUUUUUUUUUCCAAAUCUCUGUUAAUGGCGACGUAGUUUAUGCUCAAACUUGGGAGGUAUUGACCCCGAAAAAUCCCAUCAAUCGAGCCACCUUAACCGUCAAAACGUUUAAAUGUAUAGUUUAAAGCUCACUAUUUCAGCUGAUCUACACGGACUUCUGGUUCCUGAAGAAUGAAAUGUCUUUCUUUUUUUUUCAACCUGGUCUUAAUUUUAGCGGUCGCUCCCUGGCCUGAUGCUAUUUUCCCGCCUUUCAUUUAUCGAUUGCUUUGAUACAAUCAAUAAUUGAACAGCAUAUCAGUGCUAGUCAUAUCCCACCUUGGUGCUGUCUAUUUUUUCGCAGAAUCCGUGUAACUCUUAUAGAAAACUGAUAAGAAAAAAUUAUCAUAACGAAAAAGUAAGUAUAUAAUGUCUCGUAUUGAACAGUUUUGAUAGCGUUGUGUUCUAAUUUUUUCCCCAUUUAUAGAAGAAACAUUAAUAUUUAUUAAAGGGUAGUGAAGCGAAGCAAGAAUAAAUGAUAUGUCUAAAGACGCCGGUCUGGUGCGGCUGUUCUUCAAAAACGGCUUCUUUUGCCUUUUAAUUUCUUCACCAUUACUGAAUUAUUAAUGGUACGUUCUUCACAAUAUUGUGGUUUAACAUUUUUUGACGAUCAAAAAAUAAAAAGAUUAAACGUUCUGAAGAUCGUCGCCUGGUUUACUUUGUUUAACUGUAAUUAAACUGGGAAAAACGGAACGGAAAUAUAAUCUUAGGGUGAAACAGAAGUAUAAUCUUAGUACCACUUGGUCGGUCGUCAACAGCUUUUGACACUUUUUUGACUAAUUUCACACCAAGAGAAAAUGAUUGUUUCACACAAACUGAACAAGUUCACUGGUGUUGAUAUUCUUUUGCCAAAAUUACCUGGAUGUGCCAGUGGUAAUUUCAGAUUACUUGAUGAUGUUCAGUGAGAAACUUACUGAUUCUAAUUUGAUUGUCGGUCACUUCAUGUUGUCAUUUAUUCGUCUGACAGUCUGAGUUGGCAUCGUAGCCCUGGAUAUUUCCAGCAAAGUAAGGUGAUGCUAGUCAAUUUAAAAAAUACAUAUAUAUAUCCCUUGGCAUUUAACAUUUGUACCUUGUAUGGACACGUCAUGUUUAUGACUACCAUAAGGGUUUUACCUAAUUCCUAAGAUUAAUUACACUUUCAGUCUAUAAAAACAUAUACCGGUCCCCUGAGCACAUAGAGCUCCUUACCUUCGUAUCUAAACUCUUUAAAAUGGUACACCUUUAUUACACACGCCAUUUCUCUAAUAGCCAAGUCACUAGCGUAACCGACAUGUAAUCUCAUCUCUGAUAUGGAUUCAAGAGAUUCAGUUUCCUUAGCUUGAAUUUUCAUAUUGACAUAUCGAGACAUAUUGGUCAGUUCCUUUACCUCCAUUAGUACAGUAUCAAUUAUGAAGAGCUGUACCUUUUACAUUGUGGAGCGGACAAAACCCAAGGGUGUGACCUUCAAAAUGAAUCUCACGGGUAGUGCAAUUGCGUAGCCUUACAGCAUAUUUUACUGGCCUCAGCUGAACAAAAGGUGGAUAAUGCUUUCGACCGUGGAUAAAUCUUUAUCCACUGUAUAGCGAAACUGGUUUACAUAAUAGUUCUCUGAUGGACAGUGAUUUAUCCGGUGAAUAAUGCUAUCCCAUGUUUGAACUACCCGGCCCUGAGGACUUGGUUAAACAUUUUACAAAUGUAUCAGACGUCGUUACUGUCACUGAGUUUGUCAACUUAUCAUCUCUCAACUCCGAGCACUAGAUAAUCCUCACCAUGUUUCUAGCUUCAGGUAGAGCAAUGGGCCCGUACAGAUUACUUCUACUACUCAUGGUCAAUAUAACAACGUUGCUGACAUGUCAUGGUAUCCCCGUACAACUCCAUGAUCAGAUCACUGCUGGCUCAAAUACAUCCAGAUAUGCUAUUGUUUUAGAUGCGGGUUCCUCCAAAACCAAGCUGAUUGUCUACAAGGUAGAUGCGAAUGCUCCGCCGUAAGAUGUCAAAGAUAUUCAUCUGCUGGGUGGUUUCAAAGUAAAGCCUGGGCUCGCUUCACCUGCUGGAAACCCAAGUGCGGUUGAUGGUUAUCUGAAGCCCUUGCUGGACGCAGCAAUGAAGAUCGUCCCAGUAGCGAAACACGUCUCUACUCCAAUCUUCCUAUUCGCUACAGCAGGAAUGCGACUAAUAAGGAAACGCCAAUCCGACGCCAUAAUGAACAAAGUUAAAAUGUUAUUUAAUGACAAAGCCAAAUGUCCAUUUACGUUCAACCCUGAAACGGAUGUAAAAGUCGUUUCGGGCGCGUUUGAAGGGAUAUACGCUUGGAUUUCUCUUAAUUUUUUAAAGGGUAGAUUUGCUCCUGGGAAUUCUGGGUCAACAUUCGGAAUUCUCGAGAUAGGAGGGGCGUCCCAUCAGAACACGUUUGAAAACCCCUCUAAAGAAACCAUUGCUUUAACAGUAGCAGGAAAACCAUAUCGUCUCUUUGCUAGAAGUUAUCUAGGGUAUGGGUUAAACGAGGCUCGUAAAAGAUAUUUCGAAACCCUGGCGAAAAAUCCCCCGGUGAAUGGAGUUCUUCAAAGUCCUUGUCAUCACAACGGUUUUCAAGAUCAAAUUUCCAUCAGUGGUAGAAUGUUUACCAUCAGAGGGACGGCACAAGUAGAAGAGUGUCGUUCGAUCAUUCAACAAACCUUUUUCUGCAAAAGUCCCAAUUGCCCAUUUUAUGACCAGCCUAAAUUACCCGGUGAUUUUUUCGGCUUCUCGGGGAUAUUUUAUGCGGCACAUGGAACGGGCAUGAUAAAUUGCUGGCAUUGUACCAAACCCUUAUCACCAGCUAUGUAUGAUAUGAGCUCUCGACGCUUCUGUGCUAAAAAAUACCAUGAAGUUAGCAGUGACCCUUACGCCAAAAACACCUGCUUUUCCAGCAAUUUUGUCUAUGAGCUUUUGUCACAGGGCUAUGGGUUGCCUGCAGAUAAACUUAUAGAAGUAGGCAACCAAGUGAAUGGGUUCAUUGUGGGAUGGACUCUGGGUGCCAUGCUAUAUAAUAUGAAAAUGUUGUAA